GCAUCACUUACGAGGUGCAGCAGGAACUAGAAAACAACGCCGGGAAACUCUUCUUCCGGAUGGUCAUCCAGGAGGCGAGCACCAUCGACUCAAAGGAGAUCCUGGAGCUGCCGUCCCGGCGUACCCUCAAGUACACGCGACAGAGGCUCCACAAGAAAUACGCAGCAUGGAACGUCCAAGGUGACCUGACGGACAUAGGAGUAGCCCUCAUCUCUGUGCACCGAGCCUCGAGCAUCGCACAGCCGUACCUCGAAGCUGGCCUGGAGGCCGUCUGUUGCGUCGAGAUAACUCCGAAGCUGCUGUGGCAGAAAGGACAGCCCGGAACUGUCGAUCCCGUCUGGAACACAGUGUUCAAGAUGAAGGUGUGGGACCUCCAUGCUGUUCUGCAAGUCACCGUGCUGUCUGACUCAACAAAACAGGAGUUCCUCGGAACGGUUGUCUUCCCUCUGAUCGCGGCUGAAUCGGGAAGAAUGCAGUGGUACCCACUAAAGGACGCCAGGCUUUUAAAGCACACCGGUGGUUACAUCCUCUUGGAGGUUGACCUCAUCUACAGUCCAGUACGCCACUUUGAGAAAAUGCUACUACGCAACAUAGAUUGUCUCGACCUUUUAAGGCCGCCAUCCAGAGCUUCAAGAAAAAGGCACCUCCUCCCCAGGCCCUGGCUUCCGGAGACUUAUCACGCCACGUGCCGGGCGCUUUACCGCCGCUUCAAGGAGAUCCAGGCCUACAUCCAGAGCUGCUACAUGUGGGAGUCGACGCCUCGGUCUCUCAUCUCUCUAGUGUUCUUCGUGUGGCUGUCGCUGUGUCUUGAGCUCUACAUGGUCCCGUGGCUGCUGGUGGUCCUCUUCUUCACCGACCUGCUGGUCUUCAGUCUUUGGGGCGUCAACACAAUAGACGAAUCUUUGAAGGAGGAGGAGGACGCGGACAGUGAUGAAGACACCUCCUCCAAGCGGUCGCUCAAGAAGAGGCUGGGCAAUCUCCAGGACGCAGCAGCGUCGAUGCAAAACGCGAUGGGCAAAGUGGCGUCGUACGGCGAGCGCCUCCGCAACUUGGUAGGCUUCGUGGACCCGUACGUGUCCAAGCUGUUCAUCGUCAGCCUCCUCAUAUUUGGCUUCCUGGCAUAUGUGGUUCACGUCCGCUACUGGUUCUUGAUGUGGGGUCUUCGCAAGUACGCCAGGGGUCUUCUGGGUUCCAAGGAACGCGCAGAAGGCUUCCACCUGCGUAACCUCCUGAACAGGACGCCCGAUGACCUAGAAAGGAUCCACUACACAGCUCCUCUGCAAGACAUGAAGGAUGUUCCACGGACGGACUACAAACCUUCAUACUUGUCCGCGUUCAAACGAGCCCUUCAUAAAGCCACAAAAAACUAAUACGCAAUUAAAAAAACAAAGGGGGAGGCACAAGCGACUUUGAACAUACACGUCAUUUUCGUGUAUUCCACUCCAAAUACGAUGUUCGAAGUUGGCAUCUUUGCUUUACCUCUCCUGUGCAUUCCCUCAGACAUUCUUAAUGUUAUGACAGGCCGUUGUUUUUACUUAAAAAGGACUAUCGCAGCGG